AACUGUCUUCCCAACCUUGUCUAAAUCUUCUUGAUCUGAUUGCGAAGCAGAAGAAACCUGGCCCCUAACCUUAUCUUUCAUUUUUCUUCCCAAAAUGGGGGGCUCUCAGAGCACUAGAAAUAUUAGCGUCGUGAAUGAGAAUGAAGAUAAUGUCAUUAAGGUGUCUGACGGUGUUGUGCGGCGACUCUUUGGUGACGAGUCGGCUGGAAGUCCCACGGGCACGCAGGAAAGUCUGCAGCCAGCCGCUGCAGUAGCCGCGCAACCUGCGUACAUCCCAGGAUACAACCCCAUUAGCACUGCUCAGGUUCGAAGAGAAGUUUUGGCGGCUAAGGAUGAAUCUGACAAGUACUGGACAAAGCGAAUCAGUUCUUUAGUUGAUGCUCAGGAAAGAUCCAAGAAGUAUUCUGAAGCAGAAUAUGAAAAAGCUUUGAAUGAGGUGAAAACUAUUUUCAAAACUCAUAACACUGUGCACUAUGAAAGCCCCUGCAAAGAAAUUGAAGGUUCCCUAACUAAAUGUUACAAUGAAAAUCCAUCUAAGCCUCUAAACUGUGCUGCUCAAGUUCAGGCAUUUUCGGAUUGUGUGCAGGUCAAACACACAAACAGGUCAAAAGCGAGGACAUGAAGUUCCUUUUUCACAUCUGUGUAGGCUAUUUUAAACAGUUCAGUGAGAACCGCAGUGGGUACCCCAAACACUUUGCCAUUAGUAAUUUUAAGUUGUAUUUGAAUUUUAGAUGUUUAUAUUUCUAUUGUUUUUCCAUGCCAGUUCAAUCAAAUUGUAGAACAUCUUUUGCUUGAUUUCUGUUGAUAGUGUUCCGUCUUUGUUGUUAAUGUUACUCUCUGAAUAUCAUAAAAUGUUUCAUUCAAAAGCCUUACAUUUUUGUGAAGUUUACCUACUGUAAUUAAUAAAAAUGUAUAUUUUCA